AUGUCUGAAUAACUCAACUUUUGGAGUUAAAGACCGAAAAUCCUGAAAAAUAAACUUAGAAAAAUAAAAACCGUGGUAUCAACUUAGUUUUGAUUAUAUAAGCUAGUAUAACUCCUCCUCAAGAUGCAAUUAUAUUCAGAUUGAAGUUUGCUAAAACUGUCAAGAACAUGUUUGGUGUAUACAUAAUGAUGAAGAGAAAUAUAUAAAGUUAUUCUUUGAUUUUUAACAAUCUAGUAAUUAAUUUAUUCUUUUAUAGUGAUUGAAAGUUCUAUCCAAACAGUUUUUACACUUUCAAUUAAGGAAUCAGACCUAGUAUAGGAUCUAUCGAUAUUAGACAUAAAGGUUAAUAAAAUAUCAAUAAUAUUUAGACGUACUCAUUUAUUCAAGAAGAAAAUAUAAUCAAUUCGGCACCUCUUCUUUUAGUUGAAAGACUCAAAAAGUUUUUAGAUGGCUUUAAUAAUAAAAGAGAUGUUAUUAAAAUGUCGACAAAAAAGAAGUUAAGCAUAAAUGAAAGAAGUAAGAAGGAUGAAUAAAAAUAACUAAUUAUAGUAUAACAAUAUUUAAUACGUUAAAUUAUAAGUUUAUUAAUGUUAGUUGGUAUUUCUUGA